UUUUUUGUUUCCUCGUUCGUUCAAAGAAGCUAGAGUUGCCGAAUAAUUUUUAACAUCUUCUCUUGUGUCCGGCUUCCGAAUGCUCCUGACUGCUCAUUCUACACUGCUAGCCGUCUACUACACGGGAGGAUCGUGCUUUGGGGCCCAUUCGAUCAUCAUCCACACAGCACACAACAGGCGUUCCACAUAUAUUCGCGUAUGAACCACACAGCCAGAUUAGCCACCCCGGUUCAUUGGGCACAUUGCCUCAAUCCUUCUCCAUUUCUGGGUAAAGGAGGUCAUAAAGCCGUGUCUUUUUGUCUAUUUACUAGCAAUUCAUGUAUUAAAGACAUACCCGACGGGCAAGCUAGAGGAUAAGUCGGCCCAGUUAAAAGGCUCCCAUCAAAAUUAUACCAAUUUGGAUCUAUUGUUCUUGCAUAGGCCAACGAGACAAUGCACCGUCGGUCUCUCAGGAAAGGACACCCCCGUUGUGCAUUGCCCUAUGCACGUUGGCAUAUAUAUAUAUCCGUUUGCAAGCUCGAGCUGUCUUGCUGAUUCGUCCUCACAUCUCUUUUCCUGAGGCCGCUCUUCUUUAUCAACUUACCGUAACGAAGGCGACGAAGAAGGUAACGAACGUGACUAUACGAUUCCUAACCAAUAGUGACAAACCCCGGCCAUAUUGUAGGCUUUCUGUUGAUCAGACAGCUCUACACCACCUUACCAAAAGGCCCUCAACUUGCUUAUUCACACGACUAUCGUAGAGUAAUGACCAUAGUGCCCAAUCUUCAGGAAGCUACAACUUCGGAUUCCGAUUCGGAGCGUACCCUUUACGAUCGUCCAAACCGAACAAGUCGAACAGAUCGGGCAGAAUCUGGUCAUGACUCGAGUGAAAUAUUCUUUCCAUACACCGCUCCUUUCUCCUCCAUCGUGCCAGCUCUUACUUCUUUUACCAAACAGCCACAAGUGACCUCGUUUCAGCCCCUAAAAGAAACCAAAUGGCAAAGGCCACCCUUCCUCCCCACCCUCAAUUCCCAUCCUCGGCUAGUUUAUCCCAUUGUCGUUUUGACACUUCUGUCUGCAGGAUUGAUAACUGGCUUGGUCGUUUUUGUCAUUCACCAGAAUCAUAUACUAGUAGGGGAAGAGUCAUCGCCCGAUAAUGAAGGGAAGGAUGAUGGCCAGGAAUUAAGUCCUUUGAUUCUAUUCAUUGACGCUGUCUUCAUCAUUUUUAUAAUCGGAACAAUCUCCAUCCUUUUACUGCUCAUCUAUCGUUUCUCCACCAAAUUCCGUCACCCCCCUCUCCCAUCAUCUACCACCCGUAUCGCCAAUCCAUUAGACUUCCUCCCUGGAUGGUGUCGUACAACUCUACCCAGUUUACCUACUUACGGCGAAGCUGUAAUUGGCGCCAGCGGUACCAUUGAUCAUCAGCUAGAGAUGACGUUACCUGUUUAUGAGGAUAACAGGAAUAGUCGGAUGUUGAUGCGGAGCCAGAGUCGUCAGAAUGUUGAGGAUCGCGGCGGUAGCAGUGUAUCUGUGGUUAUGACUGAUGACGAGGGUAAUGAGAGGCAGGUUCGCUCUCCCACGCAAGAGCAACGUUUGACGAGCUAUUGGAUGUCGGAACUGGUGCUGCCUACUGCGAAGCGUCAGAGUCAAAUUCACAUUCAAUCUGAACCUCGUUCCUCUUCUUUGUUGGACGUCAUAGUGGAGGACGAAUCUGUCAUGAUAAACAUGGAAGAUAUCAAAGAAAGAGGGAGGAUCGGUGUAGAGGAAGGGGGUGUGAACGGCGAUGAGGGAGAAGUGAAGGAGGAUGAGAUCGAGGUUUGGCUGGAAGUUUGAACCUGUUACUGACAGCAGAAGCAUGAGUACAUAGAUAAUUAUGCAAC